AUGGGAUGUGGUACGUCAUCUGCAAGUUAAUUAGAAACAAGAGGUUUAAUAUAUAUUUAUUAUGGUACAACAACUGGAAAUUCAAGUAGAUUAGCCUUUUAAUUUGCCAGUGAAGUUAGAAAUCUUAAAUUUAUUCCUAAAAGUAUAAAAAUUAGUUAAACUUAGUUAUCAAUCUUAGUGAAUACAAUCCUAAAGAAUUAUUAUCCUAAAAAUUAAAUGUUUUUUUUGUAUCAACAUAUGGAAUGGGAUCAUGUACAGCUGAUACUGAAAACUUUGAUUAAUGGUUAUUUUCUGAAGAAAGAAAUAAAAAUGAAUUUUAAGGAAUGAAUUACAUGAUUUUUGCAUUAGGUAGUACAAAUCAUGAACAUUAUUGUGAAUUUGGAAUAAGAUUAGAUAAAAGACUAGAAUAAUUAGGUGCUAAAAGAAUAUGUAAUAUGGGUAAAGGUGAUGCUGCAAAUGAUUAAACAGAAAAUGACUAUUAAUAAUGGAUUCAUAAUGAAGUUUAAUAAACAUUACAAUUAUAAUAUCCUUUAUAUACAUGUGAAUAAGGUUAAUUAGAUUUUUCAAUCAUUAAAAUUAAAAUCACUAAAGAACCAGAAAAUUUAUUAAGUGACAAUCUUGAUUUUAUGGCUCAAAAAUAUAUUAAUAGUAUCACAUUUUCUAUAAAUGAAAUCAAAGAAUUAAAAUUGUAACCUAGUAGAGGCAAUUCUACAUUAUUUUUAGAUCUAUUUAAUUAAAACAUUAAGUAUAAAACUGCUUAUAAUAUUGCUAUAUAUCCUUAGAAUUCUGAGUAUAUUAUUUAUAAUAUAUUAGUUCUGAUAUAGAUGAAUUAUGUAAUUUACUUAAAUUUGAUAAAAAUAUGAGAUUUAAAAUAAUCACUAAUUAGAAAUAGCCAUUUCCUAAUCCAAUUUCAAUAUACACAUAUUUAAAAAAGUAAUUAAAUAGUAUAUAAGAGAUUUUGUGAUUUUUCUGGAUUAGUUUCAAAAAAAUAGUUAAUAGAACUUUCAAAUAUGAUUAAUCAAAAAGAAUUAUAAGAUGAACUUCUUCAUCUUGCCUCAUUUGAAGGAAGAGAUCAAUAUCAAAAUAGAUUCUAAAAUUCAAAAGAGAAUUUACUUAAUCUAAUUAAAAAAUAUUAAAUCAAAACAUUAACUUUAGAGAAAAUAAUAGAAAUAUGCCCUUAAAUAUAACCAAGAUACUUUACAAUAGCAUCAAGUAAUUAGAAACAUCCAUAAAAUAUUCAUAUAAUGGCUAGUUAAUUUAUAUUGAAUCAUGAAAGAUUAGGACUUUCAAGUUCAUAUUUCAGAACUUUAAAAAAGGGAGAUAUUAUUAGAGGAUACAUACAACCAUCUAAAUUUAUAUUACCUAAGAAUUCUAAAGCACCUACACUCUUAAUUGGAAUUGGAGCUGGAUUAGCACCACUUAGAGCUCUUAUUCAAGAAAGAGAUUAUUAUUUAGAAAAUAAUCAAUUUGAAAAAUGUCCAUUUUAAGGAGAAAUGAAAUUAUAUUAUGGAUGUAAAACAGAAGCUGAAUUUUUAUUUAAGGAUGAACUUAAAGAAUAUUUAAAUUCAGGAACUUUAAGUGAAUUACAAGUAGCUUUUUCUAGAAAGGAUCCUAAAUAGUAUGUCACAGAAUUAAUUGCAAUAGAUUAAUUAUAUUAACAUUUCUAAAUGGAUGGUAUAUUAUAUAUAUGUGGAUCUAUUGAAUUGGGAAGAGAUAUUCAAGUUAAAAUUGCUGAUAUGUUUGAAUAUUUUGAAAAUACUGAUCCUUAUUUAACUGAUUAAAAAAUAAGAGAACUCGAGGAAAAUUCAUAAAUAUUAACGGAAUAUUGGGGAUGA